AUGCCGAGCCGUCGAUUUCACGGCAAGACACGAACAGGGUGCAUAGCGUGCAAAGCCAGGCAUGUGAAGUGUGGUGAAGAACGUCCAAUCUGCAACAAUUGCCGGCGUCGUAAUACUGCUUGUGAAUACCUAAGCGACAACGUCAAGCAGAAUGGGAAUCCCUCAGAGACGAGCUCUAGUGUCACGGACAAAGCGCCGGAGAUGGACCGCUUCGACAGCUUGGACCUGGUCUUGAUGCAUAGGUAUUCAACGGUGACAUCGCUGCAUCUGUUUCCAGCUCCAGAGUCGCCCAGGAUCUGGCAGACAGAAGUACCACUUGUCGCUGAGAACCAUGCUGUACUUCAACACGGCAUGCUGGCUCUUGCAGCAAUGGACCUUGCUUGUGUAGCGGCCGCCCAUGGUGAUUCUGCCAAAUUUCGCACUCGUGGACUUCACCAUCAGCAAAUAGCUCUGCCGAUAUUCCGGGAGAUGUUGACUGCCAACGACGAGGACGAGCAGGAGCAGAACGUUGUGUUUCUCUUUUCUGCCAUUCUGGUGAUUGUGGCUUUCUCAUCUGCUCUUUCGGCCAAGACGAGACCAAGUCUCGCUGAAAUUGUCGAUCUGUUCGUGCUAUUCCGGGGGCCAAGGGCCAUGUGGGAACGACAUCAUAAUGGUGCGAACAAGCAGCUGGUUGCGGCACUCUUUCCCAAGGAUGCGUCCGUAGAGUCCAGCCUUGGUCAACUGGCAUUGCGGUCAACGAGAAACGCCCCAGGUUUCCCUAAACAUCCCGAACUUGACGAAGCUUGCACGGAAGCCUUGUCUCAGCUCAGACAAGCAAAGAUAGUAAAGCAUUGGUACCCGCAGGACGUUCGCGCGAUGGCGUGGUUUCCAGCUUUGGUCUCCGAAGAGUUUAUGCAUCAAGUGCAUGAGCAUCGGCCGAUCGCGCUGACAGUACUCUACGAAUAUGUACACAUUCUGGCGCACUUCCAGGACAGGUGGUGGAUCAGUCUGUAG